AUGGGCGUCGACACCCGCAGACCGAUCUUGCCUGCCCCCACUGAAUCCAUUGUCGAUACCAACGGCAGCAUCACAGGCACUGAUCUGGCAACUGACAUAUCUCGCCGCACAGACAGGACCUCUUACUCCAUUCCUGACGACGGGAGCCCCGUCACCAUCCCCACUCGCCGGAAACACCGAUCCCGCGGGGACGACUCCAAACUGUCCCGCUCAUCGCAGCACUCCCAGACCUCCCUGCUCAUCGAGUAUUUCGAGGGCGGGAAGGGUUCUGGAUCCCUAACUUCCCGGCCCAGCGUCCGCGUCCGAGUCACCCCUUCCUCCUCUCGGAAGCUUAAAGACAAGGAUCACAUCCAGAUUACCGAAUCGAGUGGGAACCGGAAACCGGUCUAUUCCCGCCGCAUCUCCCUCAGCGCGCCCCACAAGCACAAGGCGCUGGGUGAGUCGGGUGCCGAUGACCAUAGCAUCAGCUCUUCCAACUCCGCCACCGACGAGAACCAGCCUCCUGGCCAUUUGCCCCUAGAAAUCGAACUGAUGAAUCGCGACCAAGGCAGUGAGCUCUCCGCCCUGUCUCGCGACACGAGGUACUUCCACCCAACCUCGGAUAUCUCCUCGAUGCCCGCGGAUAGCAUGCUAGACGCCCCAUCAUCCGGUCCUCGUCGAAAACGCAGCCAGAGUCUAUCAAGGGAGUCUAAAGAAUACCUCAAAACCCCACGACGACAACGCAGUCGCAGUCUGAGCACCGAACGAAUCGCUCAUCGAGUUGCAGAGAAGCUCAGCAACGAUCCUCGUGACGUCUCCAGGCAACGCCGGCGCGCCGAGAGAAGUAGAUUCGAAGAUAGCGAUCACCUCCAAGAUAUGGAUUCAAAGUCUCCUCGACGUCGGAUAACCGACGAUAUGAUGAGCCCGGAGUCCAGCCUUCUCAGUGCCUCGGCUGUGUCCUCUCAUCGACGGUCCGGGGACCAGUACUCGUUUAAAUCCGGCACGUCGAAGUCCUCGAUUAACAAUCCAAAGCUACUUGAAACCGUUGAAGACGCAAUCCGGAGACUGAUCUUACCGGAGCUGAAAGAACUUAAGAAGGAUCAGAAGGUCAUCUCCAACACGUCCAAAUUUGACCGCGACAUGAACGCCUCACACUCCUCCGCCAGCACGCCAUCUCGGGAUGAGCUGGGAAGGCGACUCUCCAAACAUGCCAGUGCCCCCGACGUCCGAAAGCCCAAAGUCGUUCUUAACAAAGAUAGUCGCGAUGAAGGCAUAAUCCUUUCUGGCGACUCAGUUCCCUCCCAGAAGGAGCGCAGAUCCAGUAAGGAUAGCGAGAGAAGCCACGAGAGAAUCCAAGAUCUCGGAUACAUCAAAUGGGCCAAUCGGCCCGAGUUGACGGAGCAAGAAAAGUUGCGACGACAAAAAAGCAAAGGACUGCGAUCAGCGGAAAAGGCUGCGCUCGUUGGGACGGCCCUGACCGCCGCAGCCCUCCAGCACCACGAUUCACGAUCAAGCCUCGGCAAGAGCGAGGGGAGAAGGAGAAGUAGUGGGCCCCGAAACCCUGGAAGUAUUAACGAGACCGAACUAGUCUUCCAGAAGCACAAUGUUGCCCCUAUGCCGCUACGCAGUGCGAUUGAAUCAGACCUGACGAGAGCUUCUCUUCUCUCCGAGCAGACCGCAGAACCAACAGCUCGGUACGGGUCCCCAUACAGUGACGCCAGGUUCCAGGAAGUAUAUCGCGACUCCCCAAUUCAGCCGCUGUCUCCCGGAACCCGGACUCCGAAUCGCACCCCUCUGGACACGCGAUACGAGCUGAAGCUCAAGCACAGCAACCUGUCCAGCCACGACUUGUCGAUCCACAGCCCCGCGAGUCGCUCGCCCGUUGGGGAUGCCGCUAUCGCAGCAGCUGCCGCAGCCAACCUGCUCGAUACCCACUCCGAGAACCAUGAUCUCGAUUACAGUGAUCUGACAAGCCGUCGGCGCACACUCAGUCCGAUACAAAGUGUGGCCAGCAUUCAGAGCCAGUCUCCGGUCAAGCAGGACUUGACUCAUUAUGAUAGGUACGAUCAUUCCGAAGAUGAACGAGAAUUGGAGCCGCGCCUCUCGAUUGACUCUCUUUCGUCUGCGCCCAGCACGAACUUGGCAAGAUCAACCCGUCCAGAAGGCCUUAGUAUCACAAGCCAGACGGAGUCUCUACGCCGCCAGCAGGAACCCGGCCCCGAGCUCGGUUACGAGGAGACCCCCCGGCCAUCCCCACGAGAUGGAAGACACUGGGAGACAGAAUCCGAAGAUGACGAAGAUGAUGACCAAAACUCACUGGCAGAGACGGAGACUCAGAGCACUGUGGGUAAACGGAUGACCGGGUACACCGACAGCGAGAUCGACUACCAUGACAAAGUGGAUGAAGGCCGACCUGUCGCUGAAGGCCGUGGCAGCAACCCUCAAUUUAUGCAUCCGGCGGCAGUCGAAUCGGCAGUAGCCUCUCUCCUAGACCCUACGAUUCUGGAUACCAAGUCCAGUCAGUCUGGUGCGAAUCGGUCCAUGGCAGGAAUCCCGGAACAAGAGGAGAGCCACGAACCCGUGCCUAUGGAACAACCGGAGCCAUCAAUUCAUGAAUCUCGUCAAGGAAGCCCUCUUAAACAGCGCGAGGAUGCUCCAAGUCCCGAUGCUACCUCAUUCCCUAGACGGAUGGGUGCUACGUCGCCGCCUCAGAGCGUCACUCAGUCGCUGGACGACCCGGCCGAGCCGGCUCCUUUGUUCGCCGGUGGCCUGGAUGACCUUGAUGACGACCCAAUGCCACAUGCAGAUGAUCGAAGCCCGGAUUCUGAAUCAGAAAUCAAUACAAACCCUUCCAUCAUCCAAGGACCAGCGGCCCAUGAGAACAGUUGGUCAUUCAACCGGACGCCCUCAAAAGACGCUCCAGCUCCAUCUCCUCUCUUUGACAAAUCUGGUGCCGCUGCCGGCGCCGGCUUGGGCCUGGGAUCGGUUGAGCAAUCCCACUAUGACCAGGACUACUAUCCCGAGGACGAAUAUGCUGCGAAUAACUACUACGAUCAGCAGUACUCUAGAGGCCAGAUGUUCGGCACGCCGCUCGGGGCCAAAGACGAGGGCUAUGUCUCGGCCGCAAACCCUCGCUCCCCGAGUGUUGACACUCCCGAGCCUCUCAGCAAAGGCAUUGCUGGGAUUGAUACAAACGGGAUGGGUAUGUUCGACAGCCCUAUUGGAGGGGAUGAAUUCAUGCCAUCUCACCAGCGACAAUUGAGUGGCUAUUCCCAGGGAGUUGGAUCACCCCUGUACGAUAGUGCGACAGGGAAAGGAAUUGACAGGAUUCAGUCAAAGGAUAUCGUUGCCCUUAUGGACCAUCUCACUGUUCGCGAUGCCCAGCGGAACGCCAGGGACACCGAGAUCCUCGUGACUCUUGUUCGAAGCGCCGCCGAAAUGCGCAAUUCAUUUGAGGAGAUGAAGAAGUUCAUUGCGCAACAAGACGGGAUGCUCCUGGAAGCCAACGACCGGCAGCAUGAGCGGACACAUAGGGCUCUUGGCGGGCCACGUCCCCAACCGGUCAGCGUGCGCAGCGCUCGCCAGGUGCCGGUGGACGACGGGGAUGACAUGCGCUCAAAGCGGAAGAACAUCUUUAAGCGUGCACUCAAGGGCCUGAGUCUCAAGAACUCCAAUGACCUGACCAGGAUCGAGGAUAUGCUCGAACAGCUACUUGAUGAGGUCGAGGCUCUACGCAUCGGCCAAGACGACAGGUACAUGCGUGGAGGCAACCGGCCCGCCAGUGUAGACCCUGAGGGAUAUGAGCCGGAGGGUCACGCCGGGACUUCCUCCCCGGGAAACCAAUCAGAGUAUCUUUCGACAUCCUCCCAGCCUGCUCUGGAACCACUUGUUGGAAAUUCACUACGGAGGGGUGGCCUUGAGAACCGUGUCAGUACGGUCCCGGAGCUCGAUGAAGACAUGGAACUCGACGAACCGGGGGAUUACUCCAGCCCUCCUAUGCCCUCCCAAGAGCCUGUGAACAACCGUCUGGACCGAGCUGGCUCCGCUCCUGUGUCAACGCCCCCCCGUGAGCCCAUGGCAUCGGGCGCCCUCAGUAGCGAGGCCACACCGAAGACGACUGAGAAGGCUAAGAAGCACAAAUCGAGCAGCUCUUCGUUCUUCCCGAAAAUCUCCCGCUGGUCCAAGACCACGGCAUCUUCAAUGGGAGACAACAUUCGCAAUAGCAUCCAACCUGGCCGCAAGGAGCGGGCGUCUUUUGAUACAUCGCGAUCUGGUUCAGAGCUCGCACAGGGGCCAUACAAGACCGACUACUAUGACCACCAGGGCGACGACAGAUUGCGCUCCACGUACACAUUGGAUGACCCGCAGCAGGAGAACCGACCUCCGUCGCCCCUAGUUCCGUCGCAAGCCUCGGAAGCCCCGAAGUACCGGGCACACCGGGGCAGUCUCGAUCUCCACCACCCCCAGCCUCGCCAGGGGCCGUCUGGGCGAUAUCAGUCGCAGCUAGAAACGCAAGCCCAGGUCUACGGAUCGCCUCCUGGUGCUCCUUCAGAACACUGGGGAUCCAACCCUAGCUUGUCGGGGGUCAACGCGAACCCGCGCCAUAGCGGUGCCAGUCGUCUGUCGCCCAUCUCAGAUGCAGGCUAUUCGGAAGCGAGCUCGCGUCACACUGGACCGCCGAGGCCACCCAAGAUCAAAGAUGAGGGGCCACUGAUCCCGGAGCGGCCGCCCAAAGUCAAGGAAGAUGACGAGCGAUCGUAUAUGGAACGAGUUGCUUCGCGGAGUUCUAUCAUGCGCUCUCCGCGUAGCACGCCCCCUCCCCGGAAGCCCACGGGGCCCCGUCCUCUGACGUCGGGCAGCCAGUACAGCCCUGCGCGGCGGAAGAGAAGCCAGUAUCGUGCCAGUCCGGAGCAGGUGGACGACGACAUUGACUAGUGACGUGACGCAUUUUGAAAUUUGAUACCCAGCGAUUUCCUCAUUCUCGACAGUUAUACGAUUUUACCAUGUUCACGAUUUAUGACCCGCGCGUUGUGAUGAUUCUUGC